GCCAAGGAGAGGCCCUUCCGCGGCGCCCACGAUAAACCCCGACGGGGCGGCUGGGGGUGUCGGCUCCCCGUGCUGAGCCAGAGCGCCGGAGCCGAUUCGGCUCACCCUAAUUAAGCAGGCAACGCCGGGUCGGCCCUGCCUCCGCGCCCGCAAUGGGAAGGCCGGAGCCAGGCGCCGCCGCCGCCCCUCUCCGCCCCGUCCCGGGCCCUGGAGCAGACCCGCUUCUGCCUCCCAGGGAGCGGGCGGGAGCGGCGCUGGGCCAGGCAGGGAGGCGGGGUGGGCAACGCCCAGAAACUUUGGGCAGCCCCCGCUCGCCUCCGCACUUGCUGGUACGUCAAGAGGCCGGGCACCCGCCGCCUCCCCUGGCGCCUGCGGCAGUUCCGGAGGCGUUGGAAAGCCCCGCGCGGCUCCCCCGGCCGCCCGGCCGCCUUUCGCUUUCGGUCUCGGGGAGAGAAGGACCAGGAGGGAUGGCGGCGGCGGCGGCGGCGGCGGGCGAGCGUCGCGGGGGCUCCGGCUCCCGCCUCACUUUGGCCCCGAGGCGCAGCCCGCUGGUGCUGCUGCUGCUGUUGCUGUUGCUGCCCGCCCGGCCAGCCCUGGGCAACGAAGGGGGAACCGCCGGGAGCUGCCGGUGUGAGAGGUACCGCGACGAGCCGCCGCUGGUCAAGAGGUUCGCCGACCGCCUGAUGGCCUGGGAGCCCUGCAGGGGCCUGAUCAGAUUCACCUUCCCCCAGAAGCAGGUCUGUGGCUUGGACGACGCGCCCUGGGUGCUCCGGCUCAUCUCUCUGCAGGCGGAGAAGAGGAAGGGGGCUGACAGGCUCAGCUCCACCAGCCCUGCCCCGCUUCAGCCCCUGAGCUCCCUGCGGUCAACCCGAGCGGUGCCGAGGGAGACUCCACCAUCGCAGGAGCUGCCAAGGGAGACUCCACCAUCGCAGCAGAUGCCGAAGGAGACUCCACCAUCGCAGCAGCUCCCAGCUUUGACCACCAUAAUGGCCGCCCUAGCCCUAGAGAGUGUCCGGAGCGUUGUGCUGCCCAGGAAUGGUGCCGCUGCUGAGGUCAGCCCCACUCAACUUGCACAAGAGGAGGGGGUGCCAGGGUGGCCCUAUCAGACCACUGUCCUCUCUGCACUGGGCAUCGUGCUGCUCCUCGUGAUCGCUGGCCUGCUGUGCUGGUGGAGGCCCCCCAGGAGACGCCGCCGGGCAGCCCUGUCCUCCGAGCAACAGGUGUGUAUGCUGCAGAGACCCGGAGAGGGGGCCACCUGCAGCCUCGGAGCACAUGCGGCCGCUGCCUCAGGGUGGGGGGGCUGAGAGGAGGGAGGGGCGCAGAAGGAAACUGCGUCUUACGGAUUCAGGAAUGUCCUCCCAGCAACUAUGGCUCAGUUUUCCUGGCUCAGGCUCUGUUCUUAUGGACCUUUUGGGUUUUUUUUCUAACAAAUAAAAGUAUAUUUUUGUAGAAAAAGCA